ACCUUUCAUUCCGUAACCACUGUCUCUCCUCCUCUCAAUAUGUCUGGGCACUUUUAUGACCUUUCAGCCAAGCUGCUGUCAGGCGACGCUCUUAAUUUCUCCUCGCUUAAAGGAAAAGUGGUACUAAUCGAGAAUGUGGCGUCUCUCUGAGGCAUGACGGUCAGGGACUACUCUCAGAUGAACGAGCUCCACUCCAAGUACUCGGAGAAGGGACUUGUUGUGCUGGGAGCUCCCUGCAACCAGUUCGGCCAUCAGGAAAACACCAAGAACGAAGAAAUCCUGAACAGCUUGAAGUAUGUGCGUCCUGGGAACGGCUUUGAGCCUCGCUUCCAGCUCCUGGAAAAGAUCGACGUGAACGGAAAAGACGCUCACCCCCUGUUUGUGUUCCUCAAGGAGAAACUUCCCUUUCCCAGUGACAACCCUAAGGCCUUGAUGACCGACCCCAAGUUCAUCAUCUGGAGUCCCGUGUGCAGGAACGACGUCUCGUGGAACUUUGAGAAGUUUCUCGUCGGCCCCGACGGAAAACCGUUCAAGCGCUACAGCAAGAGCUUCCAGACCAGUAACAUCGAGGCUGACAUUAAAGAGCUCCUUAUGAAAGUGAAGUAAGCCAUCGUGGCUCAGCAUGGCCUCAGAGGGGGUUGUGAUCAGACAGAUCACACCCGUCUUAUCAGCCUAAUGCCUGCAGGGAAAGAUGGUAGUUUGUGUUCAGCUGACUGUGCUGACUUGGUUAGAGUUUGGGUGUUUUGUAGGAAGUUUACUUUAUGAAGUCACCACUUGAAAUGUACUGAGGGUGGUGGUGGAUGUGAACGUAAACACUUAUUAUUUAACAACCCUAAUUUAGCCACGUACAGCAGAGCUCAGCUUCUCCAUCCAACUGUCUGAAACCAAAUAAACUUUCCAAAAUA